AUGACGGUGGAAGUGCUCCACGGAGAAAGCGUCCCCAAGAAGCUGUCGGGCUGGAAGCUCGGGCUGGCCAUCGGCGUGCCGUGCGCCGCCGCGCUGGCGUUCGGGCUGCUCGCGGGCCUCUACUUGAUGAAGAAGAAGCGGAAGAAGCAGCUGCUGGAGUGGGUGUGGAAGCUCCACGGCGCCGGCCGCGUCCUGGAGGCCGUGGACCCGCGGCUCGCCGGCGGGUACGACGAGGAGGAGGCCGAGCGGCUGCUGCUGCUGGGCCUGGCGUGCAGCCACCCGAACCCGCGGCAGCGGCCCAAGGCGCAGGCUAUCUUGCAGAACCUGCAGACGCGGUCCGUGCCACCGCUCCCCGUGCCCAUGUCCAAGCCCGUGUUCAUGUGGCCUGUGCCGCUCGCCGACGGGGAGGAGGACGAGACGCAGACGUACAUGUCGCACAGCGGGUCACUAGCUCUGACGUGA